ACGAGAACCCUGAAGCCACAUUACUGAGAGGCUCGGGAUCCAGAAGCAGGAAUCGCCACUCAGUCAGCCUGAGAAAACGUUUAUCUAUGGAGGAUAUUUGAUCACCCGAAAUCAUCAUGGCUGAGGCUCCCAAUCCUAACCCACAACCGUCAGCUAGCAAAGAAAACCAAACGGAGACAGGCUUAAUGGAAACAUUCUCCAAAACGCUCGACCUGUAUGAUGAAUACCAGCUGCUCAAACUCACAAAGGUCUACCGGCACAGAAUAGAACAGGCCAUUGAGGUAGACAUGGAGGGCGUCAUCACUUUGUUGACAAGAAAUGAACAUCUCAGCCAGCCCGAACAGCAAAAACUCACUGAGCUCACAAAAAGUGGGCAGACGGAAAAAAGCUCCAAACUUCUUCUCAACCUCGUGCUGGGGAAAGGUUCCCGGGUCUCUCGAGAGAUGUGGAAAACCUUUGCGGAAAUGAGAACGAAUUUUCCCAAAAUGAACAAAAUAAUGACUGAAAUACAGAAAUAUGGUUCCAAUCUGAUAAACCAGGUGAUGAAUGAUCAACGUGUACCAGAGGUACCCAGCAAUCUGGAAGACGUUCAACGACUACACAAGGCGACGUUGCAGAAACAAAGUGAAAGGCUGGAAGUGAAGACCAUCCUGAUCAAGGAGAAGGUGAAGAUAUUUCAGCUGAUUGAUCGCUACAUGGAGUUGACCAUCAUUUCCGAUACACGUCACCGGAAACUUGUAGAACAUGAGCUGCUGGCGAGAGGCCGAGACCACGAGGAGUGGAGACAGAAGGAGCUCCGGGGAAAGCUGGAAAAAAUCCGGACUGAUAAAUUGUUCCACAGCAGCUUCUCGAAAGGAAGUCAUUUACAUACCUCCCAGAGACGCGGUUCUGACUCUCCGACAGGAACUUCCGCAGUUGUAAGUGGAGUGGCUGGGAUUGGAAAAACAACCAUGGUGCAAAAGAUGGUCCAUGACUGGGCCAUAGGCAAAAUCUAUCCUCACUUUCACUUUGUAUUUGUUUUUAAGUUCCGAGACCUGAAUACCAUUCACGACAGAACAACCCUGAGCCGUCUGAUCGCGGAGCAGUAUCCUUACCUCAGGGAUAUUCUGGACGAGCUUUGGAAACACCCAAAGGGAUUGCUCUUCAUAUUUGAUGGUUUGGAUGAAUUCAGAAGAAGGAUUGAUUUCGGUCAAAAUCGGAGAGACGCAGAACCUCGGCGCAGGUGCACAGAUCCACAAUUCCUCUGUGAUAUAUCUGAUAUUGUGUACAGUUUAAUACAGAAAAAUCUGCUGCCAGGCUGCUCAGUUCUGGUGACCAGCCGCCCCACUGCAUUAUAUUUACUGUCAAAGGCUCAGGUCAGUGUCUGGGCUGAAAUCCUGGGAUUUGUGGGUGACGAGAGAAAGGAAUAUUUUCACAAGUUCUUUGAGGAUGAGGAGUUGGCGGCUUCUGUCUACAGCCACGUGGAGGAAAACGAACUGCUGCUCACCAUGUGCUACAACCCGUCCUAUUGUUGGAUCCUUGGUCUGUCUCUGGGUCCCUUCUUCACACGUAAACACAACGUCAAACAGCAAAUUCCUAAGACAAUCACACAACUCUUCUCCUAUUAUAUUUACCAUAUUCUGACACAUCACAGUGUUAAGAUGGAAAGCCUCCGUAAUGAGAUGCUGAAUAUUGGCGAGAUGGCCUUCACUGGAGUCUCACAGAGAAACAUUGUCUUUAAUAAUGAAGACCUGAUCAAAUGUGAACUCCAAUCUUCAAAGUUCCUCUCUGGUUUUCUCAUGGAUCUUUUGGAGGAAGAGUGCUCAGAGCACAAUGCGGUCUACACAUUCCCACACCUUACCAUCCAGGAGUUUGUCGCCGCACUCGCUCAGUUCCUGCCUCAGAAUCCAGGAAAUCUGCGGAAACUCCUAAAUGAAGCUCACAAGAACGAGGAUGGUCGCUUUGAGAUAUUCCUGCGCUUUGUGGCGGGUCUCUCAUCUCCACGGGCAGCUCAGCCGCUGGAGGAAUUUUUGGGUCCAUUCUGCCGUCAGAGAACCUGUGCGGUGAUCGAUUGGCUGAAGGAGACGUUCAAAGCUCAGAUCAAAGACGUAGAAACCGUCACUGGGCAAAGGAAACUGCUUAACACACUCCACUACCUGUUUGAGUCUCAGAAUAAAGCCUUGACACAGCUCACACUGGGAUCUGUACAAAAGCUAACAUUUGGUGAUUCUGCUUCAUUGCGACUGACUCCCAUAGAUUGUGUUGUUCUGGCUCACACUAUUGGGCUAUGUGACACAAUUCAACACCUGGAUCUGGAGAGCUCCUACAUUCAGGAUGAAGGACUCCAGCGUCUGAUUCCUGCACUGCAAAAAUGUCAGCAUUUGAGUCUGUAUAACAACAAUCUGACAGCUGAUUGUGCAGAGGAUCUCGCCUCUGCUCUCAGUGUAAAUGGCUCACUGAUAACGCUGGAACUGGGCCAUAAUAACCUGGGAGAUUUAGGAGUGAAGCGACUGUGUGUGGCUCUGAGAAACCCUGCGUGCAAAUUACAAGCGCUCUGGCUGACAGACAACAAUCUGACAGAUGCUUGUACUAAAGAUCUCGUCUCCGCUCUCAAUACAAACCGUUCACUGACAGCGCUGAAUCUGGGCAGUAAUGAACUGGGAGAUUCAGGAGUGAAGCAAUUGUGUCUUGCUUUGAGGAACCCCAAGUGUAAAAUAAAGACGCUGGAGCUGAUAAGUAACAGACUCACAGAUGGCUGCACUGUUGAUCUCAUCUCCGCUCUCAUUGAAAGCUGCACACUGAGGGAGCUAAACCUGAUGUCAAACUCCAUCACAGACGUGUCUAUUCCCGCUCUGCGCCGCUGCAUACUGAAAUGCACCAGCCUGAAGGAGAUCGAGCUGGUGGGAAACCAUUUAAGUUCGCACGGAAAGAAACAACUCAGGUCACUGCAGGGAACCAGGUGUGGACUGAGUGUGAUAGUAUGAAAGCAGCCUGAGGAGAGGAAAGAGACUGUGUAAUAUUAAACAAAUUAUCUACAGUUUAUACUCAGUAUAUUAAUACUCUGCCUGUACAAUAAUAUAAUAUAUAAUACUAAACACAUGAUUUAAAAGUAAAUGAAUACUCAGUCUGUACUAAAAUAAUAUAUAAUGUGAAACAUUAUAUAAACACUCAGUCUGUAUAAUAAAGAUAUA